AUGCAAGGCUCUUUAUAAGAGAAAGAAGCUCUAGCUGACAUAUUUACUUAAUUUAAGAAUGUAGAUGAAGAAAUCUAUGGAGUCAUAUUAAAAAUAUUAAGAAAAGAAAAAGUUUAAGAUUGUAUUGGAUAUCUUUCUGAUAAUAGAAAUCAAAUAAAUUUAGAAUAAUAAAUCUUACAACAAAUAGAGAAUAUCACACAAGCUGAUAUGGAAUAAAAAUUGUCUGUUAUUGCAAAUGACAUGAAAUAAAUCACAAAUGUAUUAAAAAAAUUAAAAGAUCAUGACUUCAAUUACAAAGACUUUUCUGCGGAAGAAUAUGAUGAAUCAACAUUAAGUUUAAUUUAAAGCAUCAAGGAUAAUAGAAGGAAUAUUGAAUUUUUGUAAUUUUUAGUUCAACUCACAUCCAUAGAUGAAAAUUUGAUACAAUGUGGAUCUAAUUCAUUACAUAUAUUAGUUUAGAUGAAGGUUGACCUUAGUAACAAAAAUUUGGAAAAUAUUAAGAUCUAAAAUAUUUCUUUAGUAGGAGCUAAUUUUAUUAGGUGUAAUUUUAGUGGAUCUUAAUUUAAUAAUGUUAACUUAAGUGGAAUUAAUCUGAAUGGAGCAUAAUUAUUUAAUUGUAAAUUGAAAAACUUAAGAAUCCAUGAAUUGUAUAAAUUUAAUGGUCAUAGAAAUUAAGUAAGAUAAAUUUGUUUCUCUCCUGAUGGAAAAACAUUAGCUUCUGGUGGUUAUGAUAAGUCUAUCCGCAUAUGGGAUAUAAAAACAGGAUGA